ACCUUUCUACACGUCAGGAAGCAGGAAGAGGCUCAGCGGCUGCUCUCCAACACUUUUGUGUCCGUGAGAGUCUGUCUGUUUGGAGCCACGCGCUGAGGGAUGAGUUUCAUCAACAACCUGAGGCGAAGCGUGAGGAAGGAUGAGAGCAAGAAGGGUGCUGAGCAGGCUUUAGACGUCCCAGACAGCCCAGACUCCCCGAGCCGGCUGUCGGUCAUAAACACCCCAGAGCUGGACCCCAUCAUCACCGACUUCAAGUUACAGCUGCCCGGGAACAGUGACGCUCAGGGGUCAAUGAAUCCAUCUUCAAAUGGGUGCUCUCGGUCCGACCUCUCGGUGGCUCUGGAGGACUGCAUGGCUGCCCUCGAUCUGUUCCUCAGAAAUGACUUUGAGGAGGCGCAGGCCCGUCUCUCAAUCAGAUCCAAAGACAGCAUGUAUCACGCCUUGACCUACGCCACUAUUUUAGAAAUGAAGGCCAUGAUGACCUUCGACCCUCAACACAUUCUGACUGCGGGCUGUACUAUGAAGGACGCGCAGGCUCUCUGUCAGCGAAACAGAAAGAAGUCAAGCUUCUCAAAAAGCUUCACAGAAGAGGAACUUCAUGCAGAGGUUUGCUAUGCUGAAUGUCUACUGCAGAGGGCAGCACUCACCUUCCUUCAGGAUGAAAACAUGAUUAACUUCAUCAAAGGAGGUAUUAAAGUGAGGAACAGCUACCAGACAUACAAAGAGCUCCACACCGUCCUGAAGUCUUCUGGAUACACACACGGUGACAAUCACGGUCAUUUCGAGGGCGGCGUUAAGCUGGGAGUCGGAGCCUUCAAUCUAAUGAUUUCCAUGCUGCCGACACGAACACUGAAGCUGCUGGAGUUUGUAGGAUUCUCUGGUAAUAAGGAGUUCGGCCUUCAGCAACUCCAGGAGGGCUCUGCAGAAAGCACUUUCAGGUCAUUCCUGUGUAAUAUGCUCCUGCUAUGUUAUCACACAUUCAUGAGCUUCAUACUAGGAACUGGGGAGGGAGACGUUGAAGACGCAGAAAAGCUUUUGAAACCAUAUUUGAAAAAAUACCCCAAGGGAUCCAUCUUUUUGUUCUUUGCCGGUCGAAUAGAGGAGAUUAAAGGCAAUCUGGAUGCUGCUAUCAAGCUCUUUGAGGAGUGCUGUGAGGCUCAACAGCAGUGGAAACAGUUCCACCACAUGUGCUACUGGGAGCUGAUGUGGUGUUUCACGUACAAGAGGCAUUGGAAGAUGGCCUACUUCUACGCCGACCUGCUGAGCAAGGAGAACUCAUGGUCCAAGGCUACCUAUGCUUACAUGAAAGCAGCGUAUCUCAGCAUGCUGACUGCGGAUGACUGCCUUACCUUUGGGGAGACGGCUCUUACUCUGUUCAGGCAAGUUCCUGGGCUGAAACAGAAAAUUGCAGGAAAAUCGUUGCCAACAGAGAAGUUUGCGAUCAGGAAAGCCCGCCGUUACUUUGCAGAUAAUCCUGUUCCUCUUCCAGCUCCUCCACUGGAAAUGAUGUAUAUCUGGAACGGCUACACAGUCAUUGGCAAACAGAAAGACCUAACUGAGGGCAUGCUGAAAACCCUGGAUGAAGCACAGGCAACACUUGAAAGUUAUCCAAGGACAGAGUACACUAUAGAUGAUCAGUGUCUGUUGAGUCUGUUGAAGGGCCUUUGUCUGAAACACCUGGGCCACCAUGUGGAGGCUGAGCACUUCUUCACCCUCGUCCUCUGCAACGAGACUCAGAUCAAAUAUGACCACUACCUGGUACCAAAUGCCCUACUUGAACAUGGACUGCUGUGUCUGGAACAGGGCAGAAAAGAUGAAGCUAUUAAACUGCUAGAAACAGCAAAGCACAAUUAUAAAAACUACUCCAUGGAAUCACGGACGCACUUCCGUAUCCAGGCUGCUUUGCACAAAGCUAAGGGAACUGGGGAGAACGGUGUCCAUGUUCCUUGCAGUCCAUAACAAACAGAGAAGGGCACACAAGUGCAGUGACCGCUUUCUGUUUGCAGUCCCAUAGUGCAAAACCCAGCCUGACCAGCCACCGCCUGUUUGGGCUUAGUUUUUCUGUUCAUUAAAUAUGGAGGCUUUGUUUUUGUUUUUUUUUGGUCUGAUGUGUGCUGUUGGCGUGUACAUCUGCAGCUCUGUCUGGCCUUAUUUGACUUCUUGUGUUUUCUGAAAAGUAAUACACUGAGCUUCAUUUCCUGAUCUGAUUUGAAAAUCAAACGAGUGAGUUGAGAAGUGAGGCAUGUGCUUAUGUGAAACUUGCUGGUGUUUCACUAUGGCUACUCGCAAAGAGAAGCAAAAAAGGGUCAAAUUUCUCUAAUUUAAGCACAGCAGGGAUCUCCAAAUCCACUCUUUCAGCAUUAUGGGCCUGUACACUUUAGAUACAUCCCUAUUGUAACACAGCUGAAUCAAAAGGUGGAGCUAUCUCUUGUUGUGUUGAAAAAGGGAUGCAUCUAAAAGCUGCAAAACAGUAACUCUGAGGACUGGAAUUGGAGAACCCUAAACAAGGCCAUUUUUUUUUUCUUCUCCAAUGUUACACACUAUUAAUAUGCCCAUUGCAGCGGUAAACAGAACUAAACAUGAAGGAGGAGCAUUAUUUUAAAUGUUUCCUAUUUUUUUUUUAUUGAUUGUGUUAACUAAGUUGACACGUAAAGAUAUAAAAACCCAAUCAUACAGAUAUAUUUAGGCCAUGUACAAAAAACUCGACCAAAUUUUUAUAAAUAUUGAAAUUGUAUAGUUCUAUUUGUUCUUUUGUGUGCUCUCUAUGUUUUUUGAUUAACUGUAUUUAGCAGUAUAACAAAAACUUUCAUUUGAUCUUUACUUUUGCUUAUUACUUUGAAGUAUCAAAUACUGGCUAGUAAGAAUGUAUAAUUUUAGUCUCUUUUUGAGACAACACAAAACUGAAACAACCACUUCUGAAAUCCCCUUCUGUAUUUUUUUUUUCUAUUCACAUGACUUUCAGCUCUCCAAGGUCAAAAAGCCAGCAAGACUUGCAGAUGUUCUUUAGAUGUACCUGCUUUAGACAGCACCUUUUACACACACUGUCCUAUUUUAAGAGGACAGAGGAACGUGUCUUUUAGAAAGGCAGACUCCCUCCUUUUUGCCUCCUGGUCUGUGGGACUGGUUCCAGCACUACUUGAGCUUUAACAAACGGGCCUUUGAAAGUGAUCAGGGCUGUGCACUUGUCUGCCUGCUGCAUCGUUUUACUAGUUAAAGGAAACUCUUAACCACCACAAACCACUACAGCUUAGACAGAUUGUGAGAAUCAUCUGUUGACAUCAUCUACUGCUCCUGUUUGACCCACCUCUUUCCUAGAACUACCUACAGGACCCAAAAGUUGUGACCACAUCCUGUGUCAGAUUAUAUCUAUAUGAACAAAAACGGUUCUCCUCUUACUUGAUUGGUGGAUGGGUUAUGGAGUAAGGUUUCGAAUUUUCAACCUUUUACAAACUUCUGUGGUGUUCGGAAAGUUGAAAAAAUUAGGAUUUAUUUAUAUGAUAAUAUAGGAAUAUCAUUUGAUUACUUUGAGUCCGUUGCAAAACCUUUUAAUGGUGGAGGAAUGUAUACAUAGAAUUAUUGUUAACUGCAGUCAGUCUCUGGAAUGUUUCAGCAAAAUAUAGAAACUUAUGUUUUGGAUUUUAAUAAAAGGUAUAUUUUUAUUUGCCCUUAGAAUGUACACAUGUUGUCACUGGAAGAAAUUCUUAACAAAAAGCUGUUGGUGUUUACAAUCUGUAUAUUGUAUUGGGCAUGAUUACCUACCAAUCAAAAGGAAUUUCCUGUACAUGUUUUUUUGUUUUAAUUUAUGAUGAAAUUAUACUGUGCAACUGAACAACCUG